CGUUCUAUUUCCGAACGCGGGCGGGCGGCGCCGCGCUCCCAUUGGCUGCGCCCGCGCCGGCUGUGGCGGGGGCGUUCGGGGCGCCGCGGCGCGCGCCGCCGGCUCCACGCUCUGCCCAGGAAUCCCGGGAGCGGCACCGGCCUGGCCCAGACCUGCUUCUCCCCAGGGCUCCCGCGCUCCCCUGCUCCGCGGAGCACCAUGGCCGAGUUCGGGCGCAAGCGGGGCCAGCGGCAGGACGACCGCGGGCUGGGCAGCGCCCUCGACUUUCUGCUGGCCAACGCCAGGCUGGUGCUGGGCGUGGGCGGCGCGGCCGUGCUCGCCAUCGCCACGCUGGCCGUCAAGCGGCUGAUAGACCGAGCCACCAGCCCGCGCGAUGAAGGCGAUCCUAAAGCGGAGCAGAAGACCUUGGAGGAGAGCUGGCAGGACUUGGCCUUGAUCAAGGCGACGCAAACCCCCCACAAGAAGCAGAGGAGGGAGGACCUCAGUGAGCCCCUGCUCUCGCCCGCUCGGCCGCCGGUGCCAGAGCCCAGGGACCGUUCUGCCCCUCUGGAGAUUCUUCAGGUUGAAUCCGGCCCUCAGCGCUGCCUCACGCUGCAGGAGAAACUCCUCUUGCACUACAGCAGCCACCUCGCCAUCCCCCCGGAGCAAGCGGCCCUCGCGCAGCAGCUGGCCAGCGGCAUCUGCGCCGAACUGCAGAACUUCCUGCAGAGCAAGUGCCCGGAGCUGCCCUUCGGCCGCCUCUUCCUCAGCGGCCCCCUGCUCGACGGCCUUGGGGCUCUCGCCGCCGACUGUGUCGACUUCAUGCUGCCGGUGGUCCUUGACCCUGGGCUCUGGAGCCUCAUCCCGGGAGAGGAGACUGUCGUGAGAAACCCCCAGUACUGGAUGAUCAAGAGGACUGAUCUGGAGUACUUCCCUCGUGGGCGCAGCCCCUGGGACAGGUUCAUUGUGGGCAGGUACCUCUCCUCCAACGCGCUCAACGAGAUGCUCCACAAGAUGCUGGUGGCCUCUGUCAACUGGCCUGCCAUAGGCAGCUUGCUGGGGAGCGUCAUCCGACCAGUUGUAGCCUCCGAGGAGCUGAAGCUGGAAGUUAAACACGACCAGGUCGAGCUGAGUGUGACCCUCUUCCCAGUGGUGGAAAUGGAGGACAAGAUUCUUCUGGCUGCCCCUCCUGAAGGACUGGUGGAAAACCUCUGGCUUGAGAGCUUUUACAAGGCGGAGGUCUCAAAGGUGAAAGAGCUGGAUGCUGGUGACUGCGGGGCGAGGCAGUACUGCAUCCGCAUCCUGAACGGUGUCUGCAAAAGCCAUCCCUCGCUGCGCAAACUGAGUGGCAGCCCCUUGACGCACGUUGUCCUCCACCUCAGUGCUACCAGCUCGGACUGGGCAGAGGGAAGCCUCGCUGCCAGGUUCCAGCAGGUACUUGAAGAGCUAGUAGGCUUUCUGGAGAAAGGGGCCCUUCCUUCCUAUUUCAAUCACAAAAUCAACCUCUUCGGCGAGCUGUCGGAAGAGGAAAUCGAUGAGAUGGGCUUCAUGCUCUACAGGGCUGUAUCUGAGCCAGAAUUCCUGCUGAAGGAGAAAUGACUGGUACGUUGGGAGCUCCUGAAUGUAGGCUGCCACUCAUCUGUCUGCUGCUCCCUGCUGUGAGGGUUGUGAUAUUUCUAGUUGACUAGGCAGUAAGAGGCAAAGUUCUUGCACUUUAUGAGGAAAAGUAUUCCCUGUCUGAAUAAAAUGUGCCUGAAAAGAGGUGGGUGAUGGCAUAAGGAGACUUUCACUGUGAGGUUCUGCCUUACUCGGGUCAAGUACAGCCCAUGCCUGUAGCACCUAAAGGUGAGUCCCGUCUGCUGGGUGUUGGGAGCCGAUGUGAAGCACGUUUGGUCUCUGUCUGGUUCCUGGUGAACCACUGUCCGCACCAGACUGCCAUCGUGGCCGUAAGGCUUCCCCAGCACGCUGAAAUCAAGGCCCAGGUAGGCCUUGGCGCUGCAGUUCCCCUGGUUCCUGGGCAGGUGGUCCAGACCCAGGUGCCUGAUGGCAAGCUGGAGGGGAGCAAUGCCUUGCUGCUGCUGUGUCCUGCAGACCUCUCGGCUUGCUGGACCUCAGUGUCCUGGUGCUGAGCGAGUCCUUUCACCAGCACUGAAUUUAGUCGUACUGUGCCAUGCUCUCAGCUUGCCUUUGGGGGAAGGGUGGGAGCCCUGUCUCCAGAUCUGCAGGCUGGGAUGCUGCCAAUCCGAAGGUAUAGCAAAUUGGAUUGUGGUUUUCAUUCUUUGGAAACCCUUCCAGCUGCCCAAAGGGGCGAGCUCACCGCUAGCUGUUUGUUCUGCCAAUACCAACUCUGUCCAAACGAAGAGGCUCUCUCUUUGGCUGUAGUGCCAUGGCUUCAAGUCCCUUUUCCCAAAAUACUGUUUUGCUGCAAGCACUGCAACAUGGCCUUACAGGAGGUUGGCAGGAAAAGAGCUGCUGACUGCAAGGCGACUCCGUAUCAGUCCCUUGAUGGAGGCUGCAGCAUGGCUGUGAGCCACCUCCUGGGCAGAUGGGUCAGUGCUGUCAUUCCCAGGGUCUCUGUGCGGGUCCUCACUGCUCUACAACAAACACCCCUUCCAGUUUGUCCGGUGGCCUUUCUUAUGCAUGUAUUGCUGCUGUCUAGAGAUCCUGUUCCCCUGAAGCCUCAUACUAUGGGGCAGGAGGGUAGGAUACGAAUGAUUCUGUGAGCAGAAGGCUUGCAAGAACUGAGCUGGUUUCUGCUUCUUUUUAUUAAGAAGGUAUGUUUUGUUUUUUGUUUUUUGAGUGGCUGCUAACGGACUUUGGUUCUGGCUCUAAUCUGAGUGCUGAGUACAUUCUUAUGUUUAAUGGAAGAGCUAUGCUGGUUUUGCACUCUGGUAGAGAUGGAGAAAUCCUGUGGACUUCAAUGUGAACACCUACUGUGGUUUAGUUUCCUUUACAGCUAUCUUGUUUGUAGGAGGAAAAACCUCCAGUCUGAAGAGUUACUUAGUUUUGUUCCUCCAAAUCAGUUCCCAAGUGUUAGUGAUGAGAAUAAACCUUCGCUGUGUAUAAUGGUU